CAUGGAAUUCCAAUAGCCACAUCUCUGCAAAACAUUUUAUCAAACACUUUGUGCACGUCCCAAGCAGCCCCACAUUUCCCAUACAAGUUGAUCAGAGAAGAAACCACAUACACAUCCUAAUGAACACCCAACUUAGCAGCCCAACAAUAAUGCUUUUGCCGUUUAGAAAUAAUUUUAAGAAGGCCAUGGAGAGAGAGGAGGGGAGGGAGAGAGAGUUGCAAGGGAGGACAGGUAGCGUAGAGAGAGAUAUGAUCAACUUAAGAAACUCGAGAAUUCGAACUAAGGCGACAGGUUUUGGAGAGAGCGAGCCUUCAAUUUUCUCUGGUCUUCUCGUUCGCUUUCUCUUCAUGUUCAUCACCCCUUCGUGGUUUUGAUUUUGGGUCAGAGAAAAUGGGUGGGAGAGCAAACUCGGCCAAAGCAAUUAUCGAGGAGCAUGACUGUCAAAAUCAUGGCGGAGGAGAAGCAUCCUCAUGCCCCUCCUGCUUGUGGUCAUUGUCCUCGCUGAGAUUUCGAUUUUGGGACGUCUCAACAUCAUCGUCGUCAUCAUCUUUUCCUCUCUUGGGUACUAAUGAAUUGGGCAAGGAGAUGUGCCAGGAGUGGCUGGAGAGAGAGGACACCUCUGCUGCACCUUCAACCCUCCCCGGCGGCGACAACCUUUGCUAAGUGGGAGCUCGUCGACUGCGGUAGUGGGAGCUCGUCAACUGCGGAGGAAGACACACAGGUGAAAUGAACAGAAGCCUUCGAAAGGAAAAUGUCGAGCGGGUGAAAUUUCACCCGCGCUCACUUUAUCCUAAACGGGGUGAAAUUUCACCUCGUCACCCGCUCACUUUAUCGUAAACGAUGUGAAAUUUCACCUCGUUUGAUGGUUUUUGUGUCGAGCAGGUGAAAUUGUAGAUAUUUCAACCGCUCCACCAAAUUAGUCUGGGGCCCUAAGUGGCUAACUUAAAAAGGAAGAGCUCUCUUCAACUAUUGUACAGACGAGCGAGAAUUUUGCUCAUCUCUCUUGAUUGUGCUUUUAAUGGUGUCAGUUGAAGUCCAACGAGGUCAAUGUCAGGCCCCCAUCUCAUUUCGGCUAUGAGACAAUUUGUACCAGACGAUGAGGAUGGAUGCUGUGCAAUUUUGCAACACUGGUUGGAGUUUUAACUUAAUGGGUGGACGACCUGCACAAUAAAUGCUUAUUCCAUAUUUGAUAAAUUUCAAAAUUGAGGCUGUAUUUUGACUGGUUGGCGCCCUCCUUGGACUGCCUCCACGGAAAGAGAGAGAGAAUGGGUCCCGUGCUGCUCUUCUCUUCCUCUGGGUCUCCUGUAGUAUCGAGUGCAAGGAAGAAGGACGAGGUGUACGUGACAACGGUUCCACUUCGAGCAACGAAGGGCCCCGUGCAGUGGUUGAUGUCUGCUGCUUAUCGUCUCAACCUGUGGGAGAUGAAGCAUUACAUGGUCGUCAUUAGACCCUCCUCGUCCACUCAAUCUCAGGCACUUGUAUUUGAUUUUCAACCUCAAGAUCCUGAGGACAUAUUUGUGGCUCUGGCUGCCUUAUCUGGUAGGCAGGUGCCAGGUAUAAGUCGUGUAAGAAGUAUACUGGCAGUUCCAAAAAGCAGAUCCUGGUAUGUUGGGUUUUCAAAGGGGAAUGCAGUUGAGCUGGCUCACAGAUUUAAUAAGAGUUGGGAAGAAGAAUUACAGCUUGGGAGACAUGACUGCCGCCAUUACACCAAUGGUUUGCCUCAUCCACCUACACUGAUCAUAUACAUAUAUUUUUGUGUGUGCCACAUGAACUUGCCCAUGAGAGUUGUCACACAUGUCAGGAUGGCAGGACAGAAAUGCAAGAUUGGUCUCAACGUGGACACGCCCAAUACUAUCUCCAGUUUUGUCAAUAAACAUACAGCCCAUUUUGUCCAAGUUUUUACUCGGUCAACGAUCCAGUCCAUUUUUUUACGAGUCAGCAUGACUCGGGUGCAGCUUAGUGCGGCUUAUUGAUAAAAUCAUACCUUUGUUAAGUGGUAAUUUUGUUAUUUUGUAGACAACUAUAUAUACACACACACACACACACACACACUUGCUGCGCCUGCUUUAAUGUUUUUUUCCUUUUUAUUUUUUACAAAAUGGCAUACCCAUACCUGCAUUGGCACCCUGCACUUGUGUGUACGUAGUUAAUUAGCAUAUUAAAAAUUAAACAUGCAAAGAGGGUUGACCUGUGCCUCUUAGUUUCUAUUCCUCCUGUGCCUCUUAGUUUCUAUUCCUCCUUCCAGCAGUGGAAGUGGAGAUCUUCCUUCAUGACCUCUUCCUCUCUCUCUCACUCCCCACUAUGGCUGAGAAUAGUUCGUUACUAUCAAAGUGGAGAUGUGAAACCAUUGGUACAAACGCUUGUUUUCUAUUGGUGAGUUUUUUCUUGGGUAUUUAUUUUUUGUUUGUCUAAAAAAAAGUUUAAAGAUUUGAAAAUUUAAGACAACUAUUGAAUUAUACAUUUUAUAUAACGUUCUCAUGAAAACAUUGUUAAAGUUUAAAUAGUUUUAAAAUGUUUAAAAAGCAAAAGAUAAUGGAAAGCAGAGGCUUAAAAUAUAUUAGAGGUUUUAUUCUUUUUCGAAAAGGAAAUAAUAUCAGGGGUAAAUAGCAAGAUAUAUAUUUGAGCUAUAUUUCAAAAUAUGGUGCUAUUUUGCUACUUUUUUUUUUUCAUUUUCUGUGUUUUGUCCAUAUUAUUGUGAUAUUUUUUAAACUGUAGGUAUAUGUGAGAGUGUGUGAAACAUUGGUCAUUGUUACUAGUUUUAGUGUCGUGCAGCUUUGAACUUUGAAGCGUGAUUCUUGUGUGUAUUGGUACAAGAAACUGUAAAUACAUUUUAUUGAUUGCUUAACGUGAGAAUGUGCAUCAGAAGAAGGAAUAGGUUUAUAGACCGCAUGUCAAGCAUUUUCGAACAGUAGAACCUGUCGUGCUUACUAUAUUAUCAUCUCAUGAAUUUCUUGAUGAAUUUCUCAAGUAAUGAUAAAUACAUCUAUUGGUGG